GGUAAUAUGAUGAAUUAAAUUCUUGUCUUCAUAAAUUUUUCCUUUUUUUUCUUUUUUUUUACUUUGCUUAUACUUGUUUUACAUGAGCAUUAGUAACUGAGCACUCUGGGUGCCUAUUAUAGGCCUAAAUCUGUUAUUUAAAAUCAGUGUUUCACUUAACUUUUAACUGAAAGAAAAUGUUAUUGUCUAGAAUUUUGUUACAGUAGUAUUUGGAAUUUAUUAAGUUUUAACAAUAAGAAAAGAAUAAUACUGCAUUUUCGUUCUUUGUCACAAUCAAAAUAAGUAUAGAAUUUUGCAAAUUGAGCGAAAUUUGCAUAUUGUUCAACAUUUUAUAAUAAUAUAAUUGUAUAGCAACUUUAAUUACAUUUUUCAACAAUAAUUAUAAUGAUACACAUUAUAAAGCAUUAAUUUAGGGACUUCCCUGGUGGUCCAGUGGUUAAGACUUUGCCUUCCAAUGCAUAGGGUGUGGGUUCGAUCCCUGGUCAGGGAGUUAAGAUCCCACAUGCCUCGCGGCCCAAAAAAUAACCAAAACAUAAAACAGAAGCAAUACUGUAACAAAUUCAAUAAAGACUUAAAAAAAAAGCAUUAAUUUAACUUGAAGUAUAUAUACAUGCCUAAUUCAAGGUAGCAAGCAGAACUCCAAUUGUUGAUCAUUACAGCUUCUGCUUGCUGUAAUAUUAACUUGCAUCCCAGUCCAUGAGCUGCCUUUACAGUUAUUAUGUACUGUAUACCUUAAAUAUUCUCUUGAUGUUAUUGGUCUAUGAAAACUAUGCAUCUCUAAAUUAAGAGCUUAACUAAUAUAUCAGGUAGCAGGAACUUCUUUAGUUCCUUAGGUCCAUUACUAGGGUUAUAUAGUGUUCAUGGGAAUCAUGGGUAAACAUAAAAUAUCAUUAGCAAAUCAGAAGAAUUAGGGUUAAUGGCAAAAAUUAAGAAGAAAAUAAGAGGAAGGAAUGGAACUCAGAAAAAGUGGUAUACAUGAAGAGUGGUAGAAUAUCACCCAGUGCCUCAUAGAUCCCUUCCUACUUUUUUUUUUUAAUUUAUUUUACUUAUUUUUUGGCUGAGUUGGGUCUUUGUUGCUGUGCCCGGGCUUUCUCUAGUUGCAGAGAGCGGGGGCUUCUCGUUGCAGUGUGCGGGCUUCUCAUUGCGGUGGCUUCUCUUCUUGCGGAGCAUGGGCUCUAGGCUCGCGGGCUCUAGAGCACAGGCUCAGUAGCUGUGGCUCACAGGCUUAGUUGCUCCGCAGCAUGUGGGAUCUUCCCAGACCAGGGCUUGAACCUGUGUCCCCUGCAUUGGCAGGAGGAUUCUUCACCACUGCGCCACCAGGGAAGCCCCCUUUGUACUUGUUGAUUAGGAAGCUCUUUCUAGUCUGUCUUCUAACUAGUUUCACAACGAACCAUAGAAGUACUUUUAAAGGUUUUUUUUUUUUAUGUAACUCAUGAUGAAUGCAAAUUGUGAAAAGUUCAGAUCUUUCUAAAUUGUAAAUUUAAAUGUCUACCAGAACAGUAGUAAUGAUGGUGAAAUGUAAACUAUUCAAUGUCAGUUUUUUUCUAUAUAUCAUCUCCCUUUAUAUUCAAAGAUGACACUUCUGAGUUAGAAAAAACAAUCUGAGUUCUUUUACCUUUUGCAGUUCAGCCAUUAACAAACCUCAAAACCUUUCAAUUUUCUGCCAGUUAAACUUGAAAUUGGCCUGAAACCUUUGCUUAAAAUGAAUUACCCCUAUUUUAUUCAGGAUUUUUGCCUGUUGCAACUGAUUUUCCUUUGUCCACAGCUAUUCUACAUAAUGUUAUGUAAUGUUUUUUUUGCAUCCUUAACACUUUUCUUCCACCUUCCCUGCUUGUAGUUUGUGCUUUCUACAUUUUGGGGUUCCUUUGGAAUCCAUUCUCUGCAUCUGUUCAUGCAUAGAUUUAUUUGCCACGGUCCAGGACCUUAUUGCAAGUGGUUCUGUUCCCCAAUUUGCUGAUGUUCACAGAGGCAGGUAAGUGACAUAGCUGGGCCCACACAUAAGCAGCGUCAGGUCGUAGAGUCAUAUAGGACCACUGCACUAACAACUCUGAUAGGUUCUGGAGCUUGAUAGCUCUAAGUGAAAAGGAGCUAGAAAUGUGGAAUUAAAUUCCCUGGAUCAGCAUCCAUUACAGGAAGGAAUGAGAUGUUUGAGUUCUUUUCUAUUUUCUCUUCCUAGAUAUAGUGUGUGUUUUUGGUCUUGCUUACUUUAAUAUUCCAGAAAAUUUUAUUCCUCUUUUAAAAUAAACAGGUGGAAUGCCCCUGAUGACAUUCACUCAGAAAGUGCCUUGCUCUCCUUUCAGGGAAAUUGAAUUUUACAAAUUAAUUCUGGACGUUUCCCCUCCAAUUGAUUUCUUUCUGUACCAUUAAAUGACCAUUUGUAUUCUCCUUUUCUGGGUAUCAUAUUUGUACUUAAACCUACAUUGGUCACUGUUGAGUUGUGUUUGAGCAGUGUUUGUUACGUUAAAAAGGACUUGGGGCUUGGGAGAACUCAUCCUGUGUCUAGAUUGACAUCUAGAACUCUAGGGGUUCCUGUUCCUCUGGGCUAGUGUUUACCUUUUUCAAUCAAAUACUGACUUCUGAACUAAUCCCAAGGGCUUUUUCCUGACGCUGGGGACUGGGAGCAGAAAUGCUGCCUUAGUAAGAGAGGUCCAGGAAGCAGUAAGCUUCAUCUUUCCUCAGCCUGCCUGGCCUUUGGUGAGUUUGGGAGUGUUGACAGAGUUCUGAGCCUUCCUGGCAGAGAAGGAAGGUCAGAAAGAGAGAAGUCCAAGGGCAGGGGGCCAGGUCCUUAUUUGCCUCGUUAGGGAGAAUUCAGUGUUGUCUGUCUGGUUGGCAGGGCAUACCUUAUCACAGAGACUCAGCAUUUCAGCAGUUUGCAAAGGAAAGUGAUAUGAAGGGACAGCUGCAAAUCAGCCACAACGUAGAUCUGAGGAGAUCAAGCAUUUACUUCACUUGGAAGAAAGAGAGAAGGAAGGAAGCUGAGGGCUUAGCAGGGUAAGUUACUUUUCCAUCAACUCCUCUGCUUGCUUAGUUUAUAGUUGAGUAAAGUAUUUAUCACUCCAGGGAGUGUUAAUCACUGAUAAAGCUGCUGAAUGUUGUCCUAAUAGCAAUGUUUCUAAUGUGUUUCUCCUUUUCUUUUUCUCUUUCCUAACCCCUUUUGAGGAUCCCCAAUGAUGAGCUUCACUCACCCUUCUCUUCCCUACUCCCUAAAGACAUUUUUUGUUUGCUGGUGAACUUGAGAAAAUUAGAUGGGCCUCACUGGUCUGGAGAUGGUGAGAAGAUGACUAUGAUUUAGGUGAAAUUUGAGGCUGUUGGUGGUAAGGAGGGGUGAAUAUGGGAGACCUAGGUGUGGGGAUAAGCUAGCUAAUAUUUUAGAGAAUUUAGAGAUGAAGGAUAAGAGUUUUUGUAGGCCAUCCAGUUCAUGUCUCCUCUCCAGUCCUUGGUGUUGGUGUUCUCUCUCUUAUAUACUGGGAAUAAAUUAGACCCCAAGUCACUGCCUUUGUUUCUCUCAGGUCAACUCCCCACCCCCAAACUUGGAGGAUACUAGGCCUCAUUGCAGGAAAGUUAGAACUAGGGGGGCUGGGUACACAAACUCAGACAUGAGCCUGAUGAUAUAUACAGAUGCAAAUGCAAAGACCUGGCUCCUCAUUCCCACCUUCUUACCUUCCUGCCAGAAAAUUAUCCAUUUGUAUCAGGAACCCACUGUAGACACAGAGGAAAAUAUGGCAUCAGGGGUUUCACCAACUUCAUGCCUCGCCAAGCUGUGUGAUCGAUCCCUUGACUUCCAGCCAGUUCAUCCAGUCUUCCAGUGGACUUAAUCUUCCAUUGGAGGAAGAUCGCUCAUUGGAAAGGUGGAUAAGUACCUUUCUGGUCUUAAUUGGCUUCCAUUGCAGAAUAAAGGCCUUUGGUUGAAUAUCAGGAAGAUAUUUAUUAUUACUUCUGGAAUUUAAGACUAUUGAUUUAUCUCAAAGAUACUUUUCCUCGAUACCUGUAAAGAAAAGAUGAGUCCAUUCUUUCAAGGUUUAAGAAGGUGGUGUCUUGCCAGAGGGGGCUGGGUAGAUACAGCAUAUGAGUACUUAUUCUAGAAUUGCAGUGGUUCUGGGAAUGUGAUGAGAAUGUUUGGUGAUUAAAAGUGGAGGAAAGGGCUUCCCUGGUGGCACAGUGGUUAAGAAUCCACCUGCCAAUGCAGGAGACACAGGUUUGAGCCCUGGUUCGGGAAGAUCCCACAUGAUGCAGAGCAACUAAGCCCGUGUGUCACAACUACUGAGGCUGCACUGUAGUGCCCGCAAGCCACAACUACUGACGCCUGCAUGCCUAGAUCCCGUGCUCCACAACAAGAGAAGCCACCGCAAUGGGAAGCCUGCGCACCGCAACGAAGAGUAGCCCCCACUCCCUGCAACUAGAGAAAGCCUGUGCGCAACAACAAAGACCCAAUGCAGCCAAAAAUAAAUAAAUUUUUUUAAAAAAAAGUGGAGGGAAGAGCCAGGUCAGUUUUUGGAAAUGGUGUCCUAAGGUUUGAAGGCAAUUCCAUCUGCCCUUUAGGAAAGAGAUAACCCUUAAAUCCUAAAAUAAUGUACUAUCUUUAGGUCUAAUUUCUUCUUUAUUGGUGGGAAUGUAGAAGAUGUGAUACGCAGAUGAACUUAGUUAUCUCUGUUUUGUGGACUCUGAAACUGGCCGUUCAUCUGUGGGAUGAGGGGGGAGAAUAGGGGUGGAAUGAAAGGACGAGGAGAAAGAAACUACAAAGGAAAAUCAAAUUAGUUCCUCCAUUAACCUGAGGACCGUGGUUUGCAAGAGCCAUGUUGUAAGAUAAUGGAUAUUAGCUGGAUGAUUUGGGGAGGGUUUUUGUUUGAUUGUUCUGCCACCUACAUCUCAGCUGAAUGAUGAUUCUGGAGUUUUUUCCUAACAGAUCUAGUUCAGAAGGAUUAAAUGUCAGACCAUUUUUGUAACAAAACACAAUUCUUGAUUUGAACUUUUACCUCAUUGACAAUAAAAAACAACCACUGUCAGCAUUAUCCUCUUCAUUUCCCUGUCCCUGAAGGCAGUUUAUCUGGGGAAUAAAACAAUUUUUUAGCUUCAAAAUCUCUAUAGAUACCUUUCUUCUUUUUUAAAUUGAGGUGAAAUUCACAUAACAUAAAAUUAAUCCUUUUAAAGUGAGCAAUUAAAUGGCAUUGAGUACAUUCACAUUGUUGUGCACCCACUACCUCUAUCUAGUUCUAAAACGUUUUCAUCACCCCCCCCAAAAAGCCUAUAACCAUUAAUCAGUUACUCCUCAUUCCCCUUUCCACCCAGCCCUUGGCAACCACGGAUCUGCUUUGUCUCUGAAUUUACCUAUUCUUGAUAUUUCAUAUAAAUGCAAUCAUAUAAUGUGUCGUUUUGUGUCUGGCUUCUUUAACUUAGCAUAAUGUUUUUGAGGUUCAUCCACAUUGUACCAUGUAUCAGUACAUUUCUUUUUAUGGCUGAAUUUAUAUAUAUAUACAUAUAUAUAUACACAUACAUAUAUAUGUGUAUAUAUAUGUGUGUGUGUGUGUGUAUAUAUAUAUAUAUAUAUAUCCCAAUUUGUUUAUUCAUUUAUCUUUUGAUAACCUUUAGUUUGUUUCUACCUUUUGGCUACUGUGAAUAGUGCUGCUAUGGACAUUUGUGUAUAAGCAUUUGUUUGCAUACCUGUUUUCAGUUAUUUUGGGUGUAUACCUAAGAGUGAAAUUGCUGGGUCAUAUGAUAAUUCUCUAUUUAACUUUUUGCAGAGCUGCCAUACUGUUUUGCACAGCAGCUGCACCAUUUUACAUUCCUACCAUCAGUGUAGGAAGGUUCCGGUUUUUCUGCAUCCUCACCAACACUUGUUGUUUUCUAGUUUUUUGAUGAUAGCCAUCCUAAUGGGAGUAAAGUGGUGUCUGUGGUUUUGAUUUGCCUUUGAUUAGUCGUGUUGAGUAUCAUGUGCUUCUUGGAAAUUUGUAUAUUUUCUUUGGAGAAAUGUCUAUUCAAGUCUUUUGCCCAUUUUGUAAUUGGGCUGUUUGUUGUUGUUGAGUUUCAGGUGUUCUUUACAUAUUCAGGAUAUUAAUCUCUUAUCAGAUAUAUGAUUUACAAGUAUUUUCUCCCAUUCUAUGGGUUGCCAUUUCACUUUGUCCUUUGAUGCACAAAAGUUUUAAAAUUUUGAUAUAGUCCAGUUUAUCUAUUUUUUCUUUUAUUGCUUGUGCUUUUGGUGUCGUAUUCAAGAACUUGGCAAAUACAGUAUCAUGAAGCUUUUCCCCUGUGUUCUUCUAAGACUUCAUAGUGUUUUUUUUUUUAACAUGAAAGUUACCAUUAAAAAAAUUUUUUUUUCAUUAGUUAAUUUAUUUUUGGCUGUGUUGGGUCUUUGUUGCUGCACGCAGGCUUCAGUAGUUGUGGCUCAUGGGCACUAGAGUGCAGGCUCAGUAGUUGUGGUGCACGGCCUUAGUUGCUCCGCGGCAUGUGGGAGCUUCCCGGAGCAGGGAUUGAGCCCGUGUCCCCUGCAUUGGCAGGUGGAUUCUUAACCACUGUGCCACCAGGGAAGCCCCUAAGACUUUAUAUAUAGUUUUUCUCUCUUACACUUAGAUCUUUAGACUUAAUAAUCCAGCUCAAACCAUUCUAGUUCCUUAGUUCCCAGAAUUUUCCCAUCUACAUUUGUUAUGGUCACAUUCUUCUUUGUGUUUAGAGUUCCUGUUUCCCUAUCUUUGUGUAUUCACAGUAUUGCCAUAUUUCAUGGUCUGUUCCAACUGCUGCUUCAUAAAGUCUGUCUGUAGCUCACCAACUGAGAGACACUCUUCUUCUGAUCUCCCAUUAGUGCUCUAGUUUCACUUUUCUUGUAGGAUUUAUACACUGCCUUAUAUUAUAGUUUAUAUCUAACGUCUAAGACAUAUAGAUGUUAAGUAUGUUUUUUCACAUUUGUUUCUGUUAUAAUAUUUUGCAAAUGAUUUUAUCUGUUUAUCAAUAAAUAUUUAUGUUUUAUUUUUUCCAGUAUAGUCCCUUUUGUUUACUCAACCCUCGUGGAAGGAAUGGGAAAAGACAGGCCAGGGAAGGAGGACACCACAAGAGUUCUCUCUAGGUAGUGAGUGGGUGUGGGUUUAGUUCUACUUCAGAACUCACCUUUUUAGAAAAUUUUCCUAAUAAUGUGCAUAACUUGGCAUUGUAGUGCUAAUUUGGUAUUGCAUUUGAUUUCUACUUUUUGGUUUAUUGCUUAUAAAUGUGAUGAUAGGUCUUUUAAAAUGAAUGUUUUCCUUCCCCAACUAGAUUAGAUUGACUGUUUCUCUAGUUAGAUGGUAGUUUCGGACAACCAAAACUUUUUUUUUUUUUUUUGCAGUACGCGGGCCUCUCACUGUUGUGGCCUCUCCCGUAGCGGAGCACAGGCUCCGGACGUGCAGGCUCAGCGGCCAUGACUCACGGGCCCAGCCGCUCCGCGGCAUGUGGGAUCUUCCCGGGCCGGGGCACGAAUCCGUGUCCCCUGCAUCGGCAGUUGGACUCUCAACAACUGCGCCACCAGGGAAGCCCAACCAAAACUUUUGUUGCUUUUUCCUCUAAGUUGAUGUUUUAAAAUACACAAAUAGUAUACGAAUAUAUUCUUUGUAUAAAAAGUCACACAUUACAAACAAGUCUAAAGUUCCCUUUUAUCGAUCCAAUUCCCAUCCUAGUGCCUUUUCCCUUCCUCAGAGUUAAUCACUGUUAUCAAUUUUAUAUGAGCCCUGCCAGACUUUUCUAGGCAUCUAUAUUAUAUAUAGAACUUCAUGUAUAAUACAUAUAUGUAUAAUUAUAGUCACAUAUAAUUAUUUCUCUUUUUCACAACUGCCUGUGGUGAUCAGUAAUCUGUAGAUAUGAAAUAAAUCUUACUGAUACCUGGGCCUGAGAGACUGGAAUGACAAGUGAAAGGUCAAACAUAUGAAAAAGCAUCAUAUGUGUCCAACUUACAAAAUUCCAUUCCAUAUCUGUUCUACGUAUAGUCCCCAGGUAUCACUGGACAGGCCAUGGCUCCACGGUCCCGAUGACGAAGGCACAAGAAACUCCCCUCAUCAGUGGCUCCCGUGGUUGUGACCCCACCCACAGUUGUGACUCCUGUGCCUCUGACCCUCUCAAAACCUGGACCUAGCAUUGAUACACUUGGCUUCUUCUCCUUGGAGAAUAAUGUUCCUGGCCUAUCCCAGCUGAUCCCAAAGCUGAACAUGAAAAGCUAUGAAGAAUACAAGUUGGUGCUAGAUGGGGAUACUCCUGUAUCAGGCUUUGGAUAUCGAUGCCUUCAAGAAAUGUUCCAGAGGAUGGAGGACACAUUCCGAUUCUGUGCUCACUGUAAAGUACUCCCUAGUGGCCUUUCAAACUCCAGGGUCCUCUCUCAUUCUCUCAGGUGCAGAAGUGUCUAUUACUGUGGUCCAGAGUGCCAGAGGUCAGACUGGCCAGCACACAGGAGGGUUUGUCAAGAGCUGCGUCUUGUAGCUGUGGACCGUCUCAUGGAAUGGCCUCUGGUCACAGGUGGUUUUGUCCUUCCCUCAGGACCUUGGUCUUGGCUGACUGAAGGCGCACAGGGCUGGGACACCUGGUUUUCUAUGUGACGUUUACAGCUAGAGGCUACUCUGGAUGCUAUGCUUGGUAGUCAGGCCAUGACCACCCUGUGGGCCAGUGUAGGAUGGCCAAGGCCAGAUCCAGAUGUCCUGCAGGGCUCUUUGAAGCGGUUGCUGACAGAUGCCCUGUCACAGCCCUUGACACUGGGCUUUGGGCUUCGGGCCUUGGGGAUAAAUGUUGGGAGGGUCGGGGGAAGCACAGUGCACGUGGUUGGUGCUUCUCAUGCAGAGACGUUCCUUACUCACCGGGACUAUGAUGAACUUGGCUACAUGUUUCCUGGGCACCUUGGCCUCCAUGUAAUCAUGGUUGGUGUAGGUGUAGCUGCUGGCUUUUCACAGAGUGCCUCACCUUCACUCCUGGAACCUGGCACAGUUCAGCUUAGUAGCCAUAGGGGCCUCUAUCAUGACUUCUGGGAGGAGCAGGUAGAGUCUGGGCAGAUAGCCCAUCCAGAUUUGGUGGUGGCAUUCCAUCCAGGUUUCCAUGCUUCCCUGGACCUGAUGGAGGCUUGGCUGCCCACCCUCUUGCUACUUCGUGAUUAUGAGAUCCCUACAAUGAUUACUGUUUACAGCCAGCAGGAGUUGGCAGCCUCUUUGCAGAUUCUGGUGGACAUGGAUACACACAUCACAGCCUGUGGAGCUAAUCCUUUUGCGUCCCUCAAACCUGAACAGGUCUACUCCAACCCCAACAAGCAGCCAGUAUACUGCAGUGCCUACUAUAUCACGUUUCUUGGAAGCUCCUGCCAGCUGGAUAAGAGGCAAUUGGAAGAGAAAGUAAAUGGCAGGGUAUAAAUAGCUGAGCCAGAUCCUGACUGGGUGUCUAGAAAAUGCAGAGAUUGUGAUGAAAUUACCUGCUGAUGCCAGAUUAUUGCCAACUUUCAAAUCCACUAUAUCGUAAACUUAAUUCACUUGUCCUGGUAGAUUCUAAGCUGAAUGGGAGCUCCUGUAUGAUGUGACUCAUUUCCAAGAGGUUAGCCACAUGUAGCUUCUAGAGACAGGAUUCUAGAUUUAGUGUGUGGAGACAGGAUUCUAGAUUUAGUGUGUGACAAAAGGCCCUUAUAUCAGUCUUUGUAGAGCCUUAAGUUCCUAAGAGUUUCCUUCAUGAGAAAGUUAUACGUUUUGACUUUAACCGGAUGGCACCAAGGAGAAGAAUGGCACCUUAUUCUUCUGAAAAAGACUUUCUUCUUAUACAGCAAUUUGGGCUAAAAAAUGCAGAAGUCUUAAUGACUUGAAGUAGUGGAAAAAUGAGGAAGUAGAGAAGUGGUUGGGAACGUGGGGGAGGUUGUGAGGAUUGGCACACUGUUCUACUUCCUGGCUUUUUCGAGAUACAUGUCUCAUUUUCCUAUUUUCUCUUGGGGACUUCUAAUUUUAGAGCAGCUUUUUGCCCUUGUGUUGUAUUUUAGGUAUCCCAGGGUGUAUCAGGGUUACUUGAAUACACUGGAGUUUGUUAUCACCUGGUCUAUACCACAAUAAACUCAGUUUGGGGCUUCUUAAGUCACUUGUUUUAUCUUAUUUCCUGUUCACUGCCAAGUGUUACUUGUCUACACAGAACAUCUCAAGAUUGGAGGUUUCUCUCUUGCCAAAGGAGUGAUUAACAUCAGCUCUCUUUUUGGGUCUGCCAUUCUACCACACCCUGUCUAUUGUCAUCCUUCUCUUAUCACACUCUCAGGAUUAGGAUAUUCCCUGGAUAUUCAUUUCUACAACUUGCUGUGACCUCAGCCUCUCCACUUACAUCCAGAAUAUAUAUAUAGAACUCUUACAACUCGAUAAUAAAAGGACAAAUAACUCAAUUUAAAAGUGGGCAAAUGAUCUGAACAGAUGUUUCUCCAAAGAAGAUAUACAAAUGAUCGAUAAGCACAUGAAAAGAUGCUCAACAUCGUUAGUCAUCUGGAAAUACAAAUCAAAACCACAAUGAAAGAAAGUGCUUCUUUUGCUAGGAUGACAACAAUAAAAAAGACAGAUAAUAACAAGUGUUAACGAGGAUGUAGAGAAAUUGCAGCCCUCGUACACUGCUAGUAGGGAUGUAAAAUGGUGCAGCUAUUUUGGAAAACAGUCUGGCAGUUUCUCAAGAAGUUAAACAUUAAGUUACCAUUUGAUCCAGUUAUUCUGCUCCUAGGUGUGUACUCAUGAGAAAUGAAAAUAUUUGUGCACAAAUGUUCGCAGCAGCAUUAUUCAUAAUAGCCAAAAGGUAAAAAUAACCCAAGUGUCCAUCAACUUGUGAAUAGAUAAACAAAAUGUGGCAUAUACAUAUAAUGAAAUAUUUGGCCAUAGAAAAGAAUGAAGUACUGAUUCAUGCUACAACAUGGAUGAACUUUGAAAAUACGCUCAUCCAUGUUCAUGUUAAGUGAAAAUCCAGUCAUAAAAGACCACAUAUUAUCUGAGUGCAUUUAUAUAAAAUGUCUAGAGUUGGCAAAUCUAUGGAGACAGAAAGUAGAUGAGUGGCAGCAUAGAGAUGAGGAUGGUGAGCAUAUUGGGGAUGAUGGCUAAAGUAUAUGGGCUUUAUUUUUGGGGUGAUAUAAAUGUUCUAAAAUUGUGAUGGUACAACUCUGAAUAUAUUAAAAACCAUUGAAUUGUACACUUUACAUCAGUGAAUUAUAUCUCAAUAAAGCUGUUACCAAAAACAGUUUUUUAAA